AUGGCAGCAGGCAACCACACAGCUGUGGUGGAGUUCAUCCUGCAGGGCUUCUCUGAAGACCCCCAGGUCCAGGUCUUGCUCUCAGCCUUGUUCCUCCUCCUCUACCUGAUGGCCCUUGCAGGAAAUGGCCUCAUCUUCACAGCCAUCAGCUUGAGCCCAGGCCUGCACACUCCCAUGUACUUCUUCCUCGCCAACCUGGCCACUUUGGACAUUGUCUGCACGUCCACUGUUCUCCCCAAGUUGCUGGAAAGUCUGGUGGUCAAGGUGGCUACCAUCUCAUAUGGGGGCUGCUUGACCCAACUCUUCUUCCUCACCUGGUCCCUGGGGGCUGAACUGCUUCUGCUCACAGCCAUGGCCGUUGACCGCUAUGUGGCCAUCUGCCAGCCACUGCGCUACAGUGCCCUCAUGAGCUGGCCUCUCUGUACUCUGCUGGCCACGGCCGUGUGGACAGUCAGUGUAUUCAACACAUCCAUGCACACGGGCCUCAUGGCACGGCUGAACUUCUGUGGCCCCAACCACAUCGGGCACUUCCUGUGUGAGAUGCCCUCAUUGUUCCUGCUGUCCUGCAGCCCCACUGCCCUCAACAGCAUCAUGAUGGUCGUGGCUGAUGUCUACUUUGGUGUGGUCAACUUCGUGCUCACCCUGGCCUCCUACGGCUGCAUCGUGGCCAGUGUCCUGCGCAUCCGCUCGGCCGCAGGCAAGCGCCGCGCCUUCUCCACCUGCUCCUCCCACCUCCUGGUGGUCACCUUGUACUACUCCACCGUCAUCUACACAUACAUCCUCCCAGGUUCGGGUGCCUCUACGGAAAAGGGCAAGGUGGUCGCUGUUUUGUAUACAGUGGUCAGCCCUGCCCUGAACCCUCUCAUCUACACACUGCGGAAUAAAGACGUGAAAGCAGCCCUCCGGAAGUUGCUGAAGAUACUUCAAAAAUGGUAG